CCCCGCCUUCUCUCCGGGUUCUUUGAUCACGCGCUGGAGGGCUCUUCCGGGGCCGGAGCCAACCCGAGGUGUUGCUGUCAGGGCUGCACGGCGGGAGGGGAGGCGUCCUCCCGAGGCCACCACUGCCCAUGCAGCCCAUCCACUCAGCCAUCUGGCUGCUGAUGUCAUGAGUAACACGACAGUGCCCAAUGCCCCCCAGGCCAACAGCGACUCCAUGGUGGGCUAUGUGCUGGGGCCCUUCUUCCUCAUCACCCUGGUCGGGGUGGUGGUGGCCGUGGUAAUGUACGUGCAGAAGAAAAAGCGGGUGGACCGGCUUCGCCAUCACCUGCUUCCCAUGUACAGCUAUGACCCCGCGGAAGAGCUUCACGAAGCGGAGCAGGAGCUGCUGUCUGACGUGGGAGACCCCAAGGUGGUCCAUGGCUGGCAGAGCGGCUACCAGCACAAGCGGAUGCCCCUACUGGACAUCAAGACAUGACCGCCCGUGCCCCACCUCUUGCCACCCACCCAGAUAGGUACCGGGGCCUCUGAGCACCUACAGCUGGCCCUGAGCCAAGACGACCAGGCACUGAUGGGCCUUGCUUUCUCUAGCCUAUUUCCCAGAUGUAUAGUUGUAUUAUAUAUUUUGUAAAUAAAACUUUUGUGGCUUCAA